UCUGAACUGUGUAGUUAUGAGCAAGACAAGCUAUUUGUGCUUCAUGUGUAAAAUGGGGUAAGACAUAUCAUGAAAUAUUGUGAGAAUGAGAGAGGAUGCAUAUAAAGAACCUGGCAUAGUGGUUGGCAUGUAAAUGGUGACUUUUGGUUCACUCUUGUCACUGUGUUGCCCAUCCAACUCUUCGUCCUUAUGAAAAGGUCAGAGAAGAAGGGGGAGUACAGCUUGGUCCCUUCUUUGGGAAGUCCCAGUGCCUACUCUCCUGACAGCCUUUUUCACGCGGGUGAAAUCAGUGACAAUCGCCAAAGAGCAGAAAUCUCGAGUCGACGGUGGGGGCGAAUGCUCGCGGAAUCGUGACUGGGCAGCCGCGCUCGCCUCCGCCUAGGCGGCGCCCCACGCGGGUCCUCAGCGACCCCAGCGGCGCUUCCCUGGCGCCCUCAGCGUGGAACCCCGCGCCUCUGGAAGAGAAGGGGCGUGUGACGCAGUCGCCGUUGCCUAGGGCCACGUUCUGAUCGGAUCUGACGCUUCCAGCGCCCGACCAGGCGCUGAGAGGGCCGGGCCUCAGUUUCUCCACUUCCAAGGAGGCGGCGCUAUGCUCUCCUGUUUCAGGCUCCUCUCCAGGCACAUCAGCCCGUCGCUGGCGUCUCUGCGCCCCGUACGCCGCUGCUUCGCUCUCCCGUUGCGUUGGGCCCCGGGGCGCAGCCCCUCAGAUCCAAGGCCGAUCGCCCCCCGCCGCCCCCUGACCGCAGCCUCCUCCUCCGGGGACCCUACCGGUCCCGCAGCCGGCUCCUCUCGGGUGCGCCAGAACUUCCACCCCGACUCCGAGGCUGCCAUCAACCGCCAGAUCAACCUCGAGCUCUAUGCGUCCUACGUGUACUUGUCCAUGGCCUAUUACUUCUCCCGGGAUGACGUGGCCUUGAACAACUUCGCCAGGUAUUUCCUUCACCAGUCCCGACAGGAGACAGAGCACGCGGAGAAGCUGAUGAGGCUGCAGAACCAGCGAGGAGGCCGGAUCUGCCUGCAGGACAUUAAGAAGCCGGACCAGGACGACUGGAAAAGCGGGCUGCAUGCCAUGGAGUGUGCUCUACUCUUGGAAAAGAAUGUGAACCAGUCGUUGCUGGAAUUGCACACUCUAGCCUCUGACAAAGGUGACCCCCAUUUGUGCGACUUCCUGGAAACCUACUACCUGAAUGAGCAGGUUAAGUCUAUCAAAGAACUAGGUGACCACGUGCACAACUUAGUGAAGCUAGGGGCCCCGGAUGCUGGCUUGGCGGAGUACCUUUUUGACACACAUUCCCUUGGAAAUGAAAACAAGCAGAACUAAGCAACGGGCUGCCUUCCUCCCAGGUCACUGGGUUCGAAGACCAGAGUCAGCUGUCUCCUGCUUUCCUGCCCUUAAAAUCACUUCCAUCUUUAUAUUUUUCUGUUAUACUAUUCCUGCAAUAAAGUGAUUUGUAGAAAAAAAAAA